AUGAAAAGAACCGGAAAUCCAAGAGUAAAUCCUGGAACAUUUUCCGAUCUUUUUGAAUCUACAGCUAAGGCAUCUUUACGUCGUGGACAAAUGGCGCGUUCUCCUCGCCGUCUUCCACCUUUAGAGCCUGAGCCAAGUAAUAGUUCCACAUCUACUGCAAAUUUACCUCAAGAACCAGAACAAUCAGUCGAUCAACAAAAUGCUGAAAUUCCAAUUCCUGAGGAGACAAAUUUCCCGAAUAUUUCAACUUACGAAAAUGCUCGUGCAGGAUUUGCACUUCAGUCUGACGAGCCACCGCCAGCUGAGCCACUUCCUCCGGGCCCAUAUGGAACAUCACCUCAAUCUAUCUUACCAAAAGUUCAAAUUCCGUUCAUUACUCCACCAGAUGUAACUCCUCGUUCCAUCGAAGUCGAACGACUUAAGCGUUUGUACCAAUCGAUGGAUAUCGCACAACUUCUUAGCGAUAGAGGAAUCAACUAUGCACAAGAAAUCAUGUUCGUUCCAAAUGAAUCAACAUUUAAACCAAUUUUCCAACUGUGGUCUUUCGAUGAUGAUUCAUUUGACUGCAGAACAGUCGAAAACUACCUCGAAAUCGGUAAGGAUGAGAACGGAAAACAAGCAGGAAUCCCUUGCCAUGUCUUUACAUCCAACGGACUUAAGUGGGCGGAUGCAAUUGCAUGGGAAUACAACUACGAUAAGCAUCUUUGGCGUGUAACAUUCCCAAAUCACGAACAAGAUGAAGAAUGGGUUCCAAGAUUGAGAUUAUUGUUCUAUGCGGAAGAUCCUCGCGUUUUUGCCGACCGUAUAGCUAACGCUGUUAAUGAGCGUCGUCGUGCAGAAUCAUGGAUCCGUUUCCGCUUCUACGUUGAGAACAUGUCGAACAAAGCAAUGCCAGAUAUUCCAGAGGAUGCAGUUAAAGCAAUUACAAAGAUGAUUCCAUCACCAAGAAUCAAGAUCGAGCUUCCUAUCGAGAAAUUUAUGGAAGAAGCUCAAAUCAACUACAAAUACGCUUUUAAUGUUCACUCAUUCAUGUCACAAAUGAAAAACGAUCCACUCUACGCUCGUACACUCGGCUUAUUCGAUCUCUCUAAAGAGGAAGAGCCAAAACCAAAGCAAUAUCAAACUACAAGCGAAUUUCAAAAGCAUCGUGAACAAUUUGCAUUCCAUUCACUCUAUACAAAGGAUUGCAUCUUUACAGCCCUCAUGAAGACAAGAGCUUCAUGCCUUGACGUUGCAAAUACAGAAUUAUUAGUUCUCCGUUCCAACAAGUCCUUCCACCUCGAAGAAUUCCAGCAGACACAAGCACAAAUCAUUUCUAAGACAAAGAGAUUCCUUACAGAAGACUGGGUUCCUCAAUUAGGUCGUGAACUCCGCGCCGCUCUCUCCAACGUUUCCAAGGGCUGGUUCAAUCUCGAGGAAACAGACAGAGAAGUCUACAACAUGUCCAAAUUCUCCAAUUUCAUGGUUUUGGUUUCAUGUAUGAUGAUAGAUGCAGCGAGAACAUGCGUUUUAAACAACUUCCAACGCUUCGAUGAUUUUAUUCAAGACCUUUCGCCUAAUAAUGUCGAUGUUAAAACACCUACAGAAGUUAUCGGAAAUUAUAAUAAAGAAUCUACAGGUGCAAUGAUCAUGCCGCUCUUCGAAAUCGAUAUGACCAUCGAAAACAACAACGAAAUUUGCUACGGUAUCGAUCCAAACCUCUUCCGUACCGCAUGCGUCCAAAUUUUCUCUUCCAUCGUCGAUUCUGUUCGUUCCAUUCCAAUCAUUGAACCACGUGUCCUCCCGGACAUGUUCAGAAAUGUCAAUUUGACACUUUCCACCAUCAAUGAUGACGAAAAAGAGCUUGUUGAGCACAGAGAAAGGGUUGUUAAGAGAAUUAACGAAGCCAUUGACUACUUACAGAAGUAUUUGGACACUUACAAGCAGUACAUUGAGUUCAUCCAACUCGAUACGAAUAAAUAUUCCGAACAACUUACAAAUGAUCAGCCAACAUUAGAUGAUUGCCGUAACAUCAUCAAGGAACAACAGAAAGCAAUCGAUGAAAUAUACGUAAAUGUUCCUAAACGUGAAAUCGUUGGCAUAUUUGCUGUAAACGUCACAACAGUACGUGCAUACUUGAUCCAGAAGCACCACAAACUCAUCAAGAUCAUCUUAGACUACGUUUCCAAGACAGCCAAAGGUCUUUUCAAGAAAUUCAGAGAAGAAUACAGAGUUAUUGAUUCAAAGAUCACUUCUCCUCCAACAAAAAUCGAAGAACUCGAUGCACAAAGGCAUUAUAUCGAGACUGUUCCUGGUCUUACAGAGAAAUUACAUGCCAGAGUCAUGGAUGCGAUGAGAUACUAUGAUUUCAUCGAUGAAUAUUAUCAUCCAAUCUCACAAGAUGAUUUCGAAUUGAAAUGGGAGUGUUUCGGACAUUCCAGACACUGUGCAUUCUUGAUCGAGAAGUCCAAAGCUAUUUUGGAAGGCUUCUUCAUCAAAUUCGAACAAGAUCUCGAAUCCGCACAAGAGAAAUUCGAAGGAGAUCUCGAUAAAUUAUCCAGAGAAGUAUCAGAAGUUUCCAAGUACACGGAUGUCAACAAUUCCGAGCAAUACGCAACAGAAAUCAGAAGAAUUGCAAAGGCAAUCGAAGCAGCCGAAGCAAAUGUCAAAACAUUCAAUUCCAGACAGACAAUUUUCGGCAAAGAACAAACGGAUUACACGAGAGUUAGUGAUUUACGCCGUACAUUCGAUCCAUUCUCUGUUCUCUGGUUGGCUGUUGAUCAGUGGAUUAAACUGAGAAACUCCAUCAAAGAGAAACCAAUUAUACAAUUGAAUGCUGAACAAAUCACUAAAGAUUUGCAGACAAUUUACCAGAGUCUCCACAAAUCAACGAAGAAUUUCAGAAACGGACCAACAUCAGUCCUCCAAAUUGCAACAGAACUCAAACAAGAAUGCAAUGAAAUGAAGGACCAUAUCCCUCUUCUUACUGCUCUUCUUAACCCUGGUAUGAAGCAGCGUCACUGGCAGAAAUUGUCAGAAGAAAUCGGAUUCGAGUUUGCCCUUGAUGAUGAAAUCACUUUGAACGAUGCAUUGGAACUCAAGUUAGAAGACAAGAUCGAUGUUGUUUCAGAAGUUGUCGGUGUUGCUUCCAAGGAAUAUUCCAUCGAAACAGCCCUCCAAAAGAUGUAUUCCGAAUGGGAAGAAGUUGUUUUGGACAUUUCUCCUUACAAAGACACAGGAACAUAUGUCCUCAAAGGAUCAGAUGAUAUCAUCCAGAAACUCGAUGAUGACAUGGUCAUGACAAACACAAUGGAAUUCUCUCCAUACAAGAAACCAUUCGAAGAACGUCUCAACCGUUGGGAAGCAACAUUGAAGUUGAUCACUUAUGUCAUCGAAGAAUGGUUGGAAUGCCAGAGAUCAUGGUUGGCUUUGGAACCAAUCUUCUCAUCUCCUGAUAUCAGAAAACAGUUGCCAACAGAAUCAGAAAGAUUCUCAACUGUCGAUAAGACAUGGAGAAAGAUUCUUGAUAACGCUUACAGAACACCACAAGCAUUGAAGUUCUGUCCAAGCGACAAACUCCUUGAAGAUUUCAAGCACAACAACAAACUCCUCGGCCAUGUUCAGAGAGGUUUGAAUGAUUACUUGGAAUCAAAACGUGUCGCAUUCCCAAGAUUCUAUUUCUUGUCAAACGACGAACUUCUUUCCAUCCUUUCACAAACAAAGGAUCCAACAGCUGUCCAGAGACACUUGAGAAGAUGUUUCGAAAAUAUUGGUUCUUUAACUUUCGAAAAAGAUCUAAAGAUGACAGAAAUGAACUCCUGCGAAAACGAAAAAGUUCCAUUCGUCAGAGGUAUCUAUCCAGAAGGAAAUGUCGAAAACUGGCUUCUUGAAGUCGAAGCAGACAUGAGAGAAACACUCAGAGACAUCAUGAAGAAAGCUGUCGAACAAUAUCCGAAAGUUCCAAGAACAGAAUGGGUUCUCAACUGGCCAUCACAAGUUGUUCUUGCAGGCGCUAUGAUCUAUUGGACAAAGCACGUAGAAGAAGCAAUCAAACGCCAUGCAGUUAAGGAAUUACUUGAUGCAUUAAAUGUCCAAAUGAUCGAACUCACUAAAUUGGUCAGAGUAACAACAGAUUUCUUGAACCUCAGAACAUUAUCUUGCUUGAUUGUUCUCGAUGUACACGCACACGAUGUCGUUGAGAAACUCGUUGAAGUCGGUGUUGAUUCUAUCGACGCAUUCGAGUGGAUGUCACAAUUAAGAUAUUAUUGGGAGAACGAUACUGUCUUAAUUAGAAUGAUGACAUACGAAGUCGAAUACGGUUACGAAUACCUCGGAAACACAAGUAGAUUGGUCAUCACUCCUUUGACAGAUAGAUGCUACUUGACACUUACUUCCGCCCUCCAAAUGAAUAUGGGUGGCGCUCCACAAGGACCUGCUGGAACAGGAAAGACAGAAACAACUAAGGAUCUCGCUAAGGCUGUCGCUUUCCAGUGCGUCGUUUACAACUGCUCUGAAACUGUCGACUAUUUGCAGAUGGGUGUCUUCUUGACAGGUUUGGCUUCUUGCGGUGCAUGGGCUUGCUUCGAUGAAUUCAACCGUAUUUACGUCGAAGUUCUCUCAGUUAUUGCACAGCAGAUCACAACAAUUCAGAACGCCAUUCAAGCAAAUCUUAAGGUGUUCAGAUUCGAGAACCGUGAUGUCAAGUUAUCUCCACGUUGCGCAGUUUUCAUCACAAUGAACCCAGGUUACGCAGGACGUACAGAACUUCCAGAUAACCUCAAAGCAUUGUUCAGACCAGUGGCUAUGAUGGUUCCUGAUUACAGAAUGAUUGCAGAAAUCAAGUUGUAUUCAUUCGGUUUCACAGAAGCUCGUCCUCUUUCCGAGAAGAUUGUCGCUACAUUCAGAUUAUCUUCCGAACAAUUAUCAGCACAGCGCCACUAUGAUUUCGGUAUGCGUGCUGUCAACACUGUCAUUCAGACAGCAGGUAACUUAAGGCGCCUGCAGCCUGACAUGCCAGAAGCACUCAUUGUCUUGAGAGCCAUCAAAGAUGUCAACGUUCCAAAGUUCUUAGUCAACGAUUUAGUUCUCUUCAACGAUAUCAUUUCCGAUUUGUUCCCAGGUGUCAAGGAGAGAACAUUAGACUACACAGCUUUGAUCGAUGCCAUCAAGACAUGUGCAAAGAAGAUGAAGCUCCAAGUCAACGAUCUUUUCAUCACAAAGAUCAGACAACUCCACGAAACAUUCGCCGUCAGAUGGGGUGUUAUGUUGGUCGGUCCAACAGGUGCUGGUAAGACACAAGUCUUCAAGACACUUGCCGCUGCUUGCACAUUGCUUAACCAGACUAACCAGACCUUCAAGAAGACACAUUACCACAUCCUUAACCCUAAGUCAAUCACUAUGGGUCAAUUGUUCGGUGAAUUCGAUAUGACAACACACGAAUGGACAAACGGUGUUCUUUCAGAGAUUAUCAAGCAAUGCUCUGAAGAUGAAACACCAGAUAACCAGUGGAUUGUCUUAGAUGGACCUGUCGAUGCUUUGUGGAUCGAAAACAUGAACACAGUUCUCGAUGAUAACAAGAAACUCUGCUUGUCAUCAUCAGCUGUUAUCAACUUCACAGACAGAAUGAUGAUGCUUUUCGAAGUCGAAGAUCUCGCUGUGGCUUCUCCAGCUACAGUUUCUCGUUGCGGUAUGGUUUUCAUGCAGCCAAACCCAGACAUGAAGUAUCUUUUGGAAUCAUGGGUAGAAAACCAACAUCCAGGAUUACAAAAGGCUUUGAUGGAAAUCUUGUCACCUUUGUACGACAAGUAUCUCGUUCCAGCACUUAAAUUCGUUAGAGAAAGACUGAAAGAACCAAUCAAGACAACAAACUCCAACUUGAUCCAGUCAUUGCUCAGAUUAUUCCAUGCCUUGAUCCAGCCAUUCUACUCUCCAGACCCAGUAGAUCCAAUCAAGGAUGAUGCAAUGGCAAAUAUCACUAAAUGGGCACCUCACUUCUUCUGGUUUGCCAUGAUCUGGUCAUUGGGAUGCACAACAGAUACAGAUGGCCGCAUCAUGUUCGAUGGAUUCGUCCGCCAGCAGCUCAGAACAACAUAUAUCCAGUUCCCAUCAGAAGGAUUGGUUUACGAUUACAAGUUCAACACAGCAAAUGACACAUGGGAGAAUUGGAUGGCCGGACAACCAGCAUAUCAUAUCUCUCCAGGCACAUCAUUCAACGAAAUUGUCGUUCCAACAAUUGAUAAUGUCAGACACACAUUCCUCAUCCAGACAUUGUUAACUGCUGGUUACAACUUCUUCUGCACUGGUCCAACAGGUACAGCGAAGUCCGUAACAAUCAACAGAUACAUGAUGUCUUCUCUUUCUCCAGAAACAUUCAUGCCUAUCUUCAUUUCAUUCUCCGCCCAAACAAACGCAAACCAGACACAAGAUAUCAUCGACGCAAAGUUCGAACGUCGUCUCAAAGGUGUCUACGGUCCAUUGGAUAGAAAGCGCGCUAUUAUCUUCUUCGAUGACGUCAACAUGCCAGCGAAAGAAGUCUACGGAGCACAGCCACCAAUCGAACUCCUCAGACAAUGGUUAGAUCACGGAGGAUGGUACGAUCGCAAGGCAUUAGAAUUCCACAAACUCGUUGAUUCACAGAUGAUUUGCGCUUGCGGACAUCCAGGUGGUGGCAGACAGCAUCUCACAGCCAGAUUCACAAGACAAUUCAACCUGUUCAACUUCCCAGAAAUGCAGGAUGAAUCCCUCCAAAUGAUCUUCAAGACAAUGUUGGAUUCUUAUCUGACAAUCUUCGACAGAUCAAUCCAGGCUGUUGCAAUUUCUAUUGCAGAUGCAACAAUCUCCAUUUACAACACUGUCAGACGCACAAUGCUUCCAAUUCCUUCAAAGUCCCAUUACACAUUCAACCUUCGUGAUGUUUCUAAAGUUAUCCAAGGUGUCAUGUCACUUCACAAAGCACACAUUGACACAGAUAGAGACAUCAUCGCUGUCUGGGCACACGAAUGCACAAGAGUUUUCGCAGACAGACUCGUUGACAAGCUCGAUCUCGAUGCGUUCUCUGAGUUGUUGAAUAAGGAAUUGCAAGGAAGAUUCAAGGUAUCAAUGGAUGAUCUCAAGAAGACAAAGAACUUGUUGUAUUGCGACUUCUUCGAAGAAACAAACGAACAGAAGCCAUACGUACAAGUUACUGAUGAAAAGAAGCUUGAAACAAUCCUUAACAACGCUAUGGCUGAUUAUGAUGAAAUCGCCACAAAGAAGUUAGGAUUAGUCCUCUUCCCAGAUGCCAUUGAACACGUCAUCAGAAUCUCCAGAAUCAUUCGUCAGCCAUCAGGACACGCUUUACUUCUCGGUGUCGGUGGCUCUGGUCGUCAAUCAUUGACACGUUUGGCCUGCCAUCUUUCCGAGUACACAAUCAUCCAGCCAGAAAUCACAAAGACAUACGGCACAAACGAAUGGCUCGCUGAUAUCAGAACAGUCAUGAAGAGCGCUGGUUACGAAGAGAAACCAACUGUUUUCUUGGUAUCUGAUGCACAGAUUGUCAAGGAGUCAUUCCUUGAAGAUCUCAACAACCUUCUCAACUCCGGUGAUGUUCCAAACAUCUUCCCACCAGAAGAUAUCGAAGAAAUCAUCGAAAAGAUCCGUCCAAUUGCCCAGCAAAAGGACAUCCAGCUUUCAAAGCCUUCAAUUUAUAACUUGUUCAUUCAGAGAGUCAAAUCUGCACUCCACAUCGUCAUUGCUUUGUCUCCAAUUGGUGAAGCCUUCAGAAGAAGACUGCGUAUGUUCCCAUCCUUGGUUACAUGCACAUCAAUUGAUUGGUUCUCUGAUUGGUCAAAGGACGCUUUGUUCUCUGUCGCUCAAGAGUUCUUCGCAGACACAUUCCCGAACGAGAAACUCCAGGAAGUCUGCUCAAACUUCUGCGUUACAGCACAUACAUCUGUCGUAGAAAUGUCCAAGGAACUCUUCCAGCACGAGAAACGCCAUAACUACGUAACUCCAACAUCAUUCUUGGAUUUCGUUCAACUUGUCAACAGAAUUCAGACAGAAAAGAUGAAAGAAAUCUCCAAGAUCAAACAGUCCAUGGAAACAGGUCUUUCCGCUUUGCAAGUUGCUAACUCAUCAGUCAAGGACUUACAGGAGAAGAUCAUUGCUUUGCAGCCAACUUUGGAUCAGCUCAUCAAAGAUGCUGAUGCAAGUAAAGUUGAAAUUGCAGCUGAAGAAGAAAAGACAAACGAAGUUAGAGCUAAAGUCGAAGCAGAAACUAAAGUCGCUGAAGCAAAGAAGGCAGAAACACAAGAACUCAAAGAUGCUGCUGAGAAAGAUCUCGCUGAAAUCAUGCCUGUUCUUGAAAAGGCUCAAGAAGGUGUCAAAGGUCUUUCAUCAAAGGCUAUUUCUACUGUCAGAUCAUACACAAAUCCACCACCAGCUGUCAGAGAUGUCAUGAAAGGUGUUUGCAUCUUGUUAAGACAGCACGUCAUCACAGAACCAGGUAAAUUACCUGGUGAGGUCGUUGAGAACUGGUGGGGCACUUCACAGAAGGUCCUUGCCGAUCCUCGUUUCAGAAACAGACUCGAGAAGUUCACUGAAGAAGAAAAAGACAAUAUUCCAGAUUCUGUCAUCCAGAAACUUUUGCCACUUUACAAGUCAGAAAACUGGUCACCAGAAAAAGCCGGUGCUUGCGGUGAAGCCACAUUAUCAUUGUUCAACUGGGUUGUUGCCAUGGGACAAUACCACGAUGCAAGAAAGGCAGUUCUUCCUAAAGAAGAAGCCCUCAAACAAGCUCAGUCACAACUUGAUGUCGCUCAGAAAGCUCUCGAUGAAUCAUUGGCCAAACUCAAAGCAGCCGAAGACAAGAUUGCCAAGCUGAGAGAUGACUUCCAGCAGGUCGUUUCGAAGAAGGAUGACUUGCUCCAGCAGCAGGAAGAGUGCAAGUCAAAGCUCAGCCGUGCAGAAACAUUGAUCAACAACCUUUCCGGUGAAAAGGGACGUUGGGAAGCAACAUUGAACUCCGUCAUCGAACAAGAGAAGAACUUGACAGGUGAUGUUUUAGUUGCUGCUGCAGGUGUUGCUUACUCUGGACCGUUCCCAAGCGAGUACAGAGCAAGAUUACUCAGAACAUGGAUUGACUUCCUCUCCAAGAACAACAUCACAACAUCUCCAGGAUCUUCAAUCAUCCAGACACUUCAAGAUCCAGUCGAAGUUCUCAAGUGGAACUUGAGCGGUUUGCCAAGAGAUAACAUGAGCCUUGAAAACACAAUCAUCAUGUCAAAGUCAAGGAGAUACUCUCUCUGUAUCGAUCCACAAGGCCAGGCAAACAGAUUCAUCAGAAACUUGAACAAAGAUAACCAAAUGGAAAUCGUCAAAUUAACUGAUGAUAACUUGGUCAGAUCAAUCGAAAACUCUAUCAGAUUUGGCCGACCACUUUUAAUUGAAAACGUUCCAGAAGAGUUAGAUCCAAUCUUAGAUCCAGUUCUCCAGAACCAAGUCUACAAACAGAGUGGUGCUGAUGUCAUCAAGAUCGGUGAUACAGUCAUUCCUUACAACAGAGGUUUCAGACUGUACAUCACAACACAGCUUCCAAAUCCACACUUUUCUCCAGAGUUAUCAGCCAAGGUUUGCCUUCUUGAUUUCACUUGCACACCAAGUGGUUUAGAAGAGCAGUUGCUUGCUUUGGUUGUCGCCAAGGAAAGACCAGAACUCGAAGAAAUGAAGAACAACUUGGUUAUUCAGAACUCAAAGAACCAGAAGAAGUUACUCGAAAUCCGUGCGAAGAUGUUGGAUUGCCUCGAAAAGACAGAGCCAUCUAAACUCCUUGAUGAUAUCGAGAUCAUUACAACACUCACAGAAUCAAACACAAUGUCACAAACAAUCCAACAACAAGUUAAAGAAGCCGAAGAAACAGAAAGAACAAUUGAUACAUCAAGACAAACAUACAGACAAGUUGCUUUCCGUGGUUCUCUUCUCUUCUUCUGCAUUUCAACAUUGUUCUAUGUUGAUCCAAUGUACCAGUACUCAUUGGCAUGGUACAUUUCCUUCUUCUCUUUGUGCAUUGAUCAAACACCUGCAUCUGAUGUUUUAGAAACAAGAUUGUCACUUCUUAUUGACACAUCCACGAAGAACUUCUACAACAACAUCUGCAGAUCAUUGUUCGAAAGACACAAGAGAAUGUUCGCAUUCCUUUUGUGCUACAGAAUCAUGCAGGGCGCAAACGAAAUCGACUCAAGAGAGUUGAGAUUCUUAAUCGCAGGUCCAAUCAGACAAAUCGAAGAAGGAGAGAAUCCAGCACCGAAAUGGCUCACUUCCAAGUCAUGGUACGAAGUUAAGUCAUUAGAUACAUUGCCAAACUUCAAAGGAUUCAGAGAAUCAUUUGUCCAAGACAUCGACAUUUGGAAAUCAAUCUUCGAUUCUCCAGAUGCUUCAAGAUGCAAGUUCCCAGGCGAAUGGGAAGUCAAACUCACAUUAUUCCAGCGUCUUUUGGUUCUCAGAGUUCUUAGACCAGACUCAAUGGGUAACGCCAUUCAAGAUCUGAUCCAGAAGCGUCUUGGCGAUGCAUUCCUUGAAUCACCACAGUUCGAUAUCAGUUCAUCCUUCGAUGAUUCAACAGUCACCGCUCCACUUAUCUUCGUACUUUCAGUUGGUGCUGAUCCUGCUUCAGAUUUAGUCAAAUUCGCUGAGAAGAAGAACUUCAGCAAGAAGUUGUCAUCAAUGUCACUCGGCCAAGGCCAAGGUGAAUACGCCGAACAGAGAUUGACAGAGGCCAUGGAUAGAGGACAUUGGUUACUUCUCCAGAACUGCCACCUCGCUGUUUCCUGGCUUCCAAGAUUAGAAAUUUUGAUCGAAAAGAUCAAACCAGAAGAAGUCAACAGAGACUUCAGAUUGUGGCUCACAUCAAUGCCAUCAGCAGACUUCCCAGUUUCAAUUCUCCAGAGAGGUAUCAAGAUGACAAACGAGCCUCCAAAGGGCAUCAAGCAGAACUUGCUCAGAUCAAUGAUGCAGUACGAUGACAAGACACUCAACGACUGCGCCAAACCAUUUGAGUACCACAAGCUCAUCUAUUCUCUCUGCUUCUUCCACGCAUUGACACUCGAAAGAAGGAAGUACGGACCGCUCGGUUUCAACCAGAUUUACGACUGGACAACUGGCGAUUUGGAGAUUUCCCAGAAGCAGCUCAAGAUGUUCUUAGAUCUCUACGACCAAGUUCCUUACAAGGUUUUGACCUAUUUGACCGGCGAAAUCAACUACGGUGGUCGUGUUACAGAUGACUGGGAUCGCCGCACAUUGUUAUCCAUUUUGGACGAUUUCUACAACCCAGAUGUCAUAUCAGAUACAUACAAGUUCACAGAAAAUCCAAGAUACACAAGCCUUCCUGAGCAAUCCCACAAGAUGUACAUUGCUUCCAUCAGAGAAUAUCCAAUCAACGAUUCUCCAGACAUCUUCGGAUUGCACGCAAACGCUGAAGUUUCCUAUCAGCAGUCAGAAACAUUCACAAUGUUCAACAACUUGUUGCUCCUCCAGGCAAGAACAGGAGGCGGCGGAAGUGGCCAAACAAGAGAAGAAGUCAUCAACGGACUCGCAACAGAUCUUCUUCGCGAAGUUCCUGAUGUAUUCGACAUGCCAGCAAUCCAGCAGAAAUAUCCAAUUAAAUACGAAGAUUCAAUGAACACUGUUUUGGUCCAACAGUGCGAAAUGUACAACAAACUCAUCACCAUUUGCAAGACAUCAUUGAGAGAUAUCAUCAACGCUCUCAAGGGCAUUGUCGUCAUGUCAGGAGAACUCGAAGCAAUGGGUGAUUCUAUGUUCGAUAACCAUGUUCCAACAAUGUGGAGUGACCAAGGUUAUCCAUCUACAAAGCCACUUUCUGGAUGGAUGCAAGACCUCAAGAAGAGAGUCAAGUUCCUCCAGGAUUGGGUAGAACGUGGCCCACCAACUGUAUUCUGGAUCUCAGGAUUCUUCAUGCAGCAGGCCUUCUUGACAGGCAUCAAGCAGAACUGCGCAAGAAAGAACCAGAUCGGUGUCGAUACAAUUUCAUUCGGAUUCGAAGUCAUGGAUACUGAGAAUCCUCCACCAAGAAAGGACGAAGGAGUCUACAUCACAGGUUUGUUCAUCGAAGGAGCUUCUUGGGAUCCAGUCAAGAAGGUUCUCGCUGAUCCAAGACCAAAGGAGUUGUUCCAGGCAAUGCCACCAAUUGUCCUCAAACCAAUCGGAAACAGAAAGAAACCAACAACAGGAAUCUACGAGUGCCCUGUUUACAAGGUCGGAACAAGAAAGGGAACUCUUUCUACAACUGGCCACUCUACAAACUAUGUCUUAACAAUCGAGUUGCCAUCUGAUAAACCACAAUCAUUCUGGAUCAAACGUGGUGUCGCUAUGAUUUGCUCACUUUCAUAUUAA